AUGGUCGCGGACCAGGGCGUCAGGCAGGAACGCAUGUUCCUUUCCCACCUGUCGAGUCUCAGGGCCGAGCUACAGCUCCCACCAGUUGCUACCCUGAGCCUCCCAGCUUCCUCCCUGGUUCCUCUAGCUCAGUCUUCUCAUCCUCAAGUGAUUACUGCUCCACCUACGUCUCCCCAGGUACACUUUGAUUAUCAGUUUCUCAUGGGGACCACAUCUCUAUCACCACUUUGUCUGCCAAUUGACACUCCACAUAUUCAGUUACCCCCGCAGACAGGGAUCGGCCAGCCAGCUUUCCAGCUCUCACCACCACACCAGGCUGGUCCGACAGCAGUUUCCACCUUCUCCAUAGUUGUCUCGGCUCUACGCUUCACUCCAGACCCUCCAGUCGAGACAGCUCCACCCGCUUCAGCUCCUAACAUGACUGGCUCCACCACCGUCUCAGCUCCGGUCUCUACUUCUCCACUUCCAGCCACAGCUACCGAGGCCUCUGAUGCUCAGCGUGCCAUUGACGAGGCUACAGCAGAGGGUUCCGGCACCGACUCUAACCCGGAUGUGUCCCAGUUCAUCACUGCACCGAGUCAGCCGGCGACUUCUCCACCUCCGACGACUACGGCUUCCACGGCACCUCCUUCACCUCCUCCUGCAGAUGCCUGA